AUCACCAUCAAACGAGCAACCGCUAAAAAAGGCAAUAAGCCGGGGAGGAAAAAAUUAUACAAAUUAUCCCUCCAUCUCUUUAUAUCUCUUGUUUCAUCCCAAAGACUUAUAUCCCCCGCCAUGGUUCUCCGAAAGGAUGAGCUCGAGGGCACGCUCGCCCAGGAGGCAAUCCUCAUAAAGAGCGGCGUGCUGCGCGAUGAGAACCCGCUCGACGACAGCCCCGAGUUCCACGAGUUCCUGACGGCCUGCCGCCAUGGCGAUCUGCGAACCUGCCAGGAGCUCAUCAGCCGGGGCGUCAACAUCAAUGGAAAGGACCACUUCGACUAUACGCCCCUGAUUAUUGCUAGUCUCUGUGGACAUUAUGAACUUGUUCAGCUUCUAUUAGAAGCCGGCGCCCUUGCGGAACGUAACACAUUCCAAGGCGAGCGCUGCAUCUACAACGCCCUCAACGACCGGAUCCGCAACCUCUUGUUGCAGUAUGACUUCUCCAAGUCCACCGACCCCUACGUCUACUGGACCACCCAUAUAUCGACUCUGCUCGGUCGCGUCACCCCCAGAACCUCCGAUGUUGCCCUCGUCGCCAACGACCGCUCCUUCAAGGUGCACAAGUUUCUGCUCGCCUCCCGCUCACCAUACUUCCACAGGAAACUCACCGCCGCCCCGGGUACGGCGACGUUGAAACUCGCUGAUGCGAUCCCGCCAGAGGCGUUUCACAUUGUGCUAAGGUAUCUUUACCUUGGCGAAGUCCCGCGAGAUCUUGCUCCGCAGGGGGCGUCCUCAUCAGAGGAAGACGUUGCUAAGGGCUUGGAUAAGAUCAGCAAGCAGCUCGAGGUCGAACAGCUAUGGGAGGCCAUUCUCGCCGGGUCAGACAGGCGACUCGCCCGCCAACGGUAUCAGGACGAGAUCGAGCGAGCACGAGGCCAACUGGAGAGAUUUUUCCAGAGCAGUGUCAAGGGCCACAAAAUGGUUGUAGACACGGAUCGUGUCAAGGAUGUCAAGUGGCAGUACGACAACGCCAUGUUCGCCGAUGUGCUCCUGCGUGCAGAUGAGCCGAGUGACGCGGAGCAAGAUGAAGAUCCCAACCCGGUGGAAGAAGCCCCAACCAUCCCCAUUGGCCCAGCCGGCGACGGUGGCAAACCCUUCAAGAAGAGGAAAUCCGUACUCUACCCCGCGCACAAGGCCAUGCUUAUCCGCAGUGAGUACUUUGAGAAGAUGUUCUCUGGGGACUUUGUCGAAUCGCGGCGUGCCGACCACCUGCGCGUCAUCACCGUCGACUGCACGCCGGCCGUUCUCGAAAUCAUCCUAUCUUUCAUAUAUACUGAGACUGUCGUGUGUCCGCUUGAGCACGCCCUCGACCUACUUUAUGCUGCUGAUAUGCUAUUCCUUGACAAUCUCAAGACGAAAGCCGCCGUUGCCAUCAGCACGCUUGGUAGCGGCACAGCUAACGUUCUCGUUGACCGGACUCAUGGACACGAGGCCGAUACCGAGAAUGGAAAGGCAGUUAAUGGUAAUCAAGAGACGACGGAGCAAGUGGAGAUGGAGCCAAUCAACAUCUACGACGUCAUCCACGCAGCAUGGGAUCUGCGCGUGCAACGUCUCGAGGAGUUUGCAGCCCGGUACCUCGCCUAUCGUCUCGAAGACUACAUCGACGAGCCGGAGUUCCAGGACCUCAUCAACGAGAGUGCCCAGCGCCUGCACUCACGUGAAGAGACUGACACUAUUGAAUUGCUCGAUGAUAUUCGAUACUACCUCUCAGAUCGCUUCCGCCUGCGCUUCGAGGAUGCCGGCCUCGACGAGAUGAUGGACGAGGACGGCGAAAUUGAAGCCGAACUGGCCGCAGCCUUGGCUGAGCAGGCGACUAUCACCGAAGGUGAUGCACCCACCACUAUACCAGAGGCGAAUGGGACUUCGAACGGUGUUGAGAGCCAGCGCGAGGCGGAGAAACCCGGAGCGGUGCGCACACUUGAUGGCGAGGUCGCAGAGGAUGAAUUUGCUUCGGAUGCCAUCAACUACCAGAUCCUACUCGGAAAGAUCGAUGCCAUGCUAGACCGACUAAAGCUCGAUGCUUAACUCAUAUUCUGAUUUGCUGCGCCAAAUGUACAUUUGAGAGCGACUUGUGCUAGAUACCUUGGGCAUGGGAGAUAGGUGGUGCGUCUAGAUGCCAUGAUAAGACUCAUAUAAAUAUACAAGAACAAAUUCGUAAAAGAGGAAUGAUUUUAUUUCUUUUUUUCUGGUUAUGUUUGAUAUGAAUGACAAAAGUAGGU